UCUGCCGUAAGCGAGCAACGUAGCUGAACUUCAAGUUGGAGCCUUAAAAACUAAUUAAAAACUAAUCAGUACGCCCAUAAAAUUGCUGUCGGGUAGUGAAUUAUAUUUUAUAAUCCCAUCUUUAUGUGAAUCGUUUUUGCCAUUGCGGAGGCAACGUUAUCAGAUCCAAAUUAAACUGGGCUAGGAUCGGUGGCUAGCUCCAGAGAAGAAUGGAUCUAUUUGACGACUUACCAGAGCCCAUUCAGACCGGUCCUGCCACGGCUGCCAUCUCGCCGCGAUCCGCCAAAGAUGUGGACAACGAUGAGAACCACGUCAAGCGAAAACGAGAGGAAGAAGAACGUGUCACAUCCACAAAAGAAGAAGAGGAGAGCAAGAAAGUUUGUAGAGAAGCCCUCCCUGUGCUGCGAGGUUACGUAGCCGCGAGGCGCGGUGAGCGUGAAGAAAUGCAGGAUGCUCAUGUUUUACUUCCUGACAUGAGUGAUUGUCUGUCAACGCUACCUGCACAAAUAUCAAGGGUGUCAUAUUUUGCUGUUUUUGACGGUCAUGGCGGCGAUCGAGCCUCUCGCUUCGCGGCUGAGCAUUUUCACCACAUUCUAGCAAAGAACUUUCCUCAAGGUGAAAAUGAGAACCUGGACAAGUUAAUAAAGAAAUGCCUUUUGGACACUUUCCGCCAGACGGAUGAAGACUUUCUCAAAAAAGCGUCCAGCCAGAAGCCAGCAUGGAAAGACGGCUCCACAGCAACAUGCGUGUUAGUGCUGGACAACACGGUUUAUGUGACCAACCUGGGAGACAGCAAGGCUGUGCUGUGUCGCAUGGAGGUAGACGGAGAGGCCUCAGAAGGACAGCGUAGGCGGCCGGCCACGUUGGCGCUCAGUCGAGACCACAAUCCCACCAUCUACGAGGAGAGGAUGAGGAUCCAAAGGGCAGGAGGAACAGUCAGGGAGGGACGGGUAAUGGGCGUCCUGGAAGUGUCACGUUCUAUCGGUGAUGGCCAGUAUAAGCGCUGCGGUGUCAUUUCCACUCCAGACCUUAGGAGGUGUCAGCUGACAGCCAAUGAUAGGUUCAUCAUCUUGGCCUGUGACGGCUUGUUCAAAGUGUUUUCAGCAGCUGAGGCUGUCAGAUUUGUCCUUGAUGUCCUUCAGGACAGUAAGUUUACGGGCAAGGAGGAGCAGUUUGAGGCGGCCUGUCAACAGUUGGCCAGUGAGGCGGUUCGACGGGGCUGUGCUGACAACGUCACAGUUAUCUUAAUUUCUAUCGACUUCUAAACUACCACAUCCCCCUGACACAUGUGAAUGAAUUUGACUAUUGUUUUGUUUUUUACAAUAAAAUACAUGACAUCCUCUGUCAAAGUUUGUUGCUGUGUGUAUCACUGAUGUAUAGUACAAAUGAAAUAGAGGGAA